GUGAAAUUACCAGAAUACCCAUUCUACAGUACAUAUACCCUCAUCGUCUCUGGAUUUUAGGGUUCUUGCUCUUCAAGCCGAAGCCCUAAAACCUUCUUUCUUCCUCUGUUCAUCACCCCAAAGUUAGCCAAUUUAUAUGUCGAUAUUGAUUGACACAAUGCAUCAUCCUAAUUGAUAAUUCUUUAAUCCAUGUGUUUUCCAAUUCGUACUCCAAACCCUAUUAAAAUCUCACGAUGCAGAUAUUGAAUUCAGACGAAACAGCAGUUGUUCCAACUGAUGAACAUGAUUGCACCACCACCCCUACCGAAAACAUCGAAGAAGAGUUGGAUGAGAACUCGAAUGUAGAAUCCGCAAUAGAUGCUUCUGGAAAGACUUUGGAUCUCCAGGUUUUGGAUGAGAGUAGGAUUAGUGACGGUGAUAAUUCUUCAAUAGAGGGUUUAUAUGUGUACAAGAAUACGUUCAAUUUGAUUCCUCGAUCGGUAGGGGGUUUGGUUAGGUUAAAAACCCUUAAGUUCUUUGGGAAUGAGGUCAAUUUGUUUCCUUCAGAAUUUGGCAACCUGGUUAACCUCGAAAGAUUGCAAGUGAAGAUUUCUUUGCCGGGGUUAACUGGAUUACCUCUACAAAAAUUGAAGGCCUUGAAGGAGUUAGAGCUUAGUAAGGCGCCUUCCAGGCCUUCAGCUUUUCCAUUACUGGGAGACAUAAUGGGACUUGAGCGCUUAACCAAGCUAUCUGUCUGUCACUUUUCUAUCAGAUAUUUGCCACCAGAAAUUGGCCGUCUUACUUGCUUGGAGUACCUAGAUCUUUCACACAAUAAAAUGAGAAAUUUACCCUCAGAAAUCACUAAAUUGAGUGCCCUUAUAACAUUGAAAGUUGCCAACAAUAAAUUGAUCCAAGUACCUCCAGCCUUGUCCUCUCUCCAAAGAUUAGAAAACUUGGACCUUUCAAACAACAGGUUGACAUCCUUGGGGUCUCUUGAAUUUGACAUGAUGCAUAAUCUUCGCAGACUAAACCUUCAGUUCAAUAAGCUUCCAAGUUUUUCUCAACUACCUUCAUGGAUAAGCUGUGAUCUCGAGGGCAAUGAUGAGGACAUGACCAAUGGUGAAUUCAUCAAUUCAUCUGUAGAGAUGGAUGUAUUGGAAAGUAGUGUCACAGCCCUUGAUGAUGAUUCCAUAAAUGAUUCUCCUGCUUCCAUGUCAAGCCAUUUAACUGGUUCUUCACCAAAUAGAUCUUUCCCAGCAAGAAAACCUAGGAAGGGGUGGAAAAGGCGUUACUAUUUGCAACAGAGAGCUAGACAAGAGCGUUUAAACUGCAGUAGGAAGUGGAAAGGUGAUGAUUCUUCUGUCCAUGCUUCAACUCAAAACACAACCGAAAAUUGUGAAUCCUGCAGUACUAUUGUUGCAUCUGAAGCCCUUCUAGAAGGUCCCUCAGUUAAUGCCUCUGUUGAUCUGGAUAACAAAGAACUGCUUCCUGCGGAUGGUGAACGUGAGAAGGACCAUAGUUCAGAACAGGUUGAGGGCAAAGAGGUUGAAGAUGAUUGUAGCAAAGAAAAGGCUGAAUUGGAUGCUCUUUCAGAGGAGAAGUUGGUGGUGGAUAAUUCAUGUGGUAAUAAUGCCAAUACACAGUCAAAAAGACAUUCUGAAAGGGAUCUUGAUAACCCUAAACCAAGAAAGUCAAGAAGACCAACUGACAUACACGUAAACCAGUCUUCUAAAUAUAGUACAAUGUCGUUUUGUAGCAUUGAGGAUUAUCUCCCAGAUGGGUUUUAUGAUGCAGGGCGAGAUCGUCCUUUCUUGCCUCUCAGUAGCUAUGAGAAAAGCUUGCAUCUUGGCUCACGUGAAGUUAUAGUCAUGGACAGGGAAAAGGAUGAAGAGUUGGAUGCUGUAACACUUUGUGCUCAAUCAUUGCUGUAUCAUUUAAAUCAGAUGUAUGGUUCCACGAAAGAUGAGGGAGACAUUUAUCUUGGUAAAUUACAGGUUGCUUCCUUGCUUGCUCUGUUUGUAUCUGAUCACUUUGGAGGGAGUGACAGAAGUACAAUGGUUGAUAGGGCACGCAAGUCUGUAUCUGGAUCAAACUAUAACAAGCCUUUUGUCUGCACUUGUCCAACUGGGAACAACAACAAUAUUAUGAAAUCCACAAAACAAACUGUUAACUCAGCAGAUGACACUGCUCUCCUAUGUGAAAGAUCUCUUCAGUUGAUAAAAGCAAGGAGAAAUUCCAUUGUUGUCCCUAUUGGAACUCUACAAUUUGGUGUUUGUAGACACAGGUCAUUGCUCAUGAAGUACCUUUGUGAUCGAAUGGAGCCUCAAGUACCAUGUGAACUUGUGAGAGGGUAUUUGGAUUUUGCACCACAUGCGUGGAAUGUAAUUGUGGUUAAGAGGGGUGAUUCAGACAUUCGGAUGGUAGUGGAUGCAUGUCGUCCUCAUGAUAUAAGAGAAGAGACAGAUCCAGAAUAUUUCUACAGGUAUAUUCCUCUGAAUCGGAUCAAUGGUGAUGCACACUGUUCUUUUCCAUCUCUUUCUGCUGCAUACGAAGACAUCAAGGAAGGAGAUUCAAGUUCAACAACCCUUAUUGAAUGCAACCUGGGAUCAGUCGAGGCUGCUGCUAAGGUGCGCACUUUGAAAGUGAGUGAGAGCUCUGCAGAGGAAGUUAGGAAUUUUGAAUAUAGCUGCCUAGGGGAAGUGAGACUUCUAAGUGUUUUGAAGCACCCUUGCAUAGUAAAAGUUUUAGGCCAUCAGAUAUGUACCAAGUGGUUACCUUCACAAUCAGAAGAUGGAAUACCAGAACAUCAUCGUAUAUUGCAGUCUGCCAUUUUUAUGGAGCAUGUAAAAGGCGGAUCUUUAAAGGGGUAUAUAGAAAAGCUUGGAAGAUCUGGUGAGAAGCAUGUUCCUGUGAAUUUGGGUUUACAAAUUGCUAGAGAUGUUGCUUGGGCGUUAUCUGAAGUGCAUUCGAAAGAUAUAAUACAUCGUGACUUGAAGAGUGAGAAUAUUUUGGUUGAGAUGGAUGAAAGUGAAACAUGUGCAGUUGUUAAGGUUUGUGAUUUUGAUAGAGCAGUUCCUUUACGUUCUUGGUUGCAUACAUGUUGCAUUGGGCAUAUGGGGAUCCCUCCACCAGAUGUCUGUGUUGGAACCCCUCGUUGGAUGGCUCCUGAGGUUUAUCGAACAAUUCAUGAUCGCCGUUUAUACGGACUGGAAGUAGAUAUAUGGUCUUUCGGAUGCCUACUUUUGGAGUUAUUGACUUUGCAAGUGCCUUACGUGGGGCUACCCGAGUCCAAAAUUCAUGACCUCCUUUUGAUGGGGAAACGGCCACAAUUGACAGAUGAACUAGAGGCCUUGGGUGCAGUGGAAGAAGAAGAUGAUGAUGAUAGUAAAGAGACAGAGUUGCAAACUGAAGAAUACAAAACCCUCAGAUUUUUAAUUGAUAUUUAUCGGCAGUGUACUCAGGAUGAUCCUUAUGAUCGUCCAACAGCCAUCAGACUUUACAAAAUGCUGCUUGAUUUCUCAAAUUUGACUAGUCAGCAAGUAUAGAUGAUAGAGUCUUAUCUUAUUAGUUAAGCUCUCAGUUGUAUUUGUAUUUGUAUCAGUAUUUGUUGUGGUUCAAGUUAUAUAUACAGACCGACUGAUUGUUGUUAAUUGUUAUUUCUUCCCCGGGUAUUACAGCAGAACCCAGGUGAAGUUGUUUAUGAAUUUUGUUUCUUUGUAGGAAA